CUUUGUAGGCUCUUUCGUCGAUGUUCUGGUUACAAUUAGUAGCUUUGGUAUCGAGAAAUUUUCCGCAGUAUCGCGUGAAUAGCGAAUCAAAUACGUUCAAAUUACAUUCACUUCGGGUGUUGCUACGCAAAGUCCAAUAAUAAAAAUGGCCACAAGUUCUACGCAAACAACUUUUUCACAAAGUAAUUUGAGUGAAUUGAAACCACUUUUCAUGGACAAGUUAAUGAAGAAAAUAUUUCGCUUCUACGAUGAACAGUCUCUAAUUGAUGUGACUUUUAAAGUUUCUAACCCAAAGGCUUUUAUACCCGCGCAUCGUUUAAUACUCUCAGCAGCGAGUCCUUACUUCGAAAACCUCUUCAACGGGGAUCAAGGCAAUGCUCUUGUCAUCGAAAUAAAUGACAUCGAUAGCGAUAUCUUUGAGCGCUUAAUAACUUUUUGCUACACCGGAAAAGCGCUGUUUACCGUUAACAAUGUCGCUGCGACGCUGAAGGCGGCAAUCGUGUUGCAAUUGGAAGAUGCCGCAACCACUUGUGUGGAAUUCAUUAUGGCGCACAUCGAUGAAUGUACAUUACAAGGUGUGUACGCGCUAGAACGCGAAACGGAAUGUGAAAUUCUCAAGCGGAAAAUCCACGAAUACGAAAUACAGAAUUUCAUGGAGAUCAGCCAACGGGACGAGUUUCUCAAUUUUGAUGUUGAGAAAUUGCAAUGUCUUCUCGAAUCGGACAAUUUAAAUAUAACUUGUGAGGAGGAUGCAUAUGGUGCCAUAACUCGUUGGUUUAAUCACGAUGUUUCUGCGCGUCAAGAACAUCUACCUCGUUUAGUCGCUUGCCUGCGGCUCACGCAAUUCGAUGUGGACUUCCUCUUGACUCACAUUCAGUCAUUACCUGGCUGUGAGUCGUUGGCCUUCAAGGUGUUAGCGUGGAUCAGUAAGCCCGCAGCACGAACUAAGAUAAUUGUCCGAUUUACAGAACCACGUGGGAUCAGUGCUGGGAAUUCUGCUGAGAAAACAUUACUGGUUGUUUGCAAAGAGUAUAAUUCGACGAAGUCAUGUGUACUUCAAUAUAACAAAACUGUGGACCAAUGGCAAAAAUAUGCGAAUCUAAAUGAGGAUAGUGCGAACUCUACUGUGAUUUUAAAGGAUGACAAUUUGUUAUUUAUUGGUGGAAGUGAUGCAUAUUCGCCAUUAUCCAAAAGAUUUCUCAGCUGGAAAAUAAAAAAUAAAACAUGGCGAGAAUUGCCAGAAAUGAAUCAAGCAAGAUGCAGCCAUAGUCUUGUCGAAUUAUAUGGAAAAAUCUACGCGAUUGGUGGUUGUAAUAUUGGUAAUAAAACUGUUCUGCAGUCAGUUGAAAGGUAUAAGACAUCCAAUGGUUGGAAGUUCGUGGCACCUUUGCUUAAAGCACGAUACGAUGCCGGUGCAGUGGCUUUCAAUGGUAAAAUUUACAUAAUGGGCGGCAACUGGUAUAAUGGUUACUUAAAAAGUGUUGAAUGCUAUAAUACCGAUUCGAAUAGUUGGAGUAAAUGUGCAGAUAUGAGAUAUAAUCAUGUAAAGCCUGCUGUAGCUGUACACAAUGGUCACAUCUAUGUUUUUGGCGCUUAUUAUGGUUCCACCAACAGGGGUGUUGUUGAACGUUACGAUCCUCAGCGAGACACGUGGUCUCAGAUUUGCUCUCUGGAAGAUGAUCCGUGGGGCAUUCUCGCUUUCGUAUCUUUUGACAAUAAACUAUGGACUAUUGGUCACCGCAGUGAGCAGAGAAUUACAGGAGUAGCAGUGUACGAUGAGGCAAAUGACAAUUGGGUGCGGAAGAGAUCAUUGCCCAAAGGAAAAAUAUAUUCUUGUUUUGUUGUUUCUUUGUCUUUACUGACAUCAAAAUAAACAAACAACAUUUCUAUUGUUGUUUGUUUUAAUAAACUUAUAAGAAAUACACAAAAUCUGGUUAAUUUUCGAUUUGAAAGAAGCGGCAAACUAAUUUCUGUCUAACGCGAACCAAAAACUGAACGUGCUUGCAAAAAUUUGGCCUUGUUUGUAAAUGAAAUAUAGAGAACCUAAUUGAAAAAUCGAACACAUAAGAUUGGUCGCAAAGAAUGGUGGAAAUAAAAUUAUUAUUACAAUCACAGUUAUGUUAAUAAGUAAAUGAAUAAAGAAUAAA